GAGAGAGAAAAAACAAUAGACUUUAAUCACUCAUGUGGCUACAGCGGAGAAGCUGCCAACCUCUUCUCGAAUUAGGCUGAGAGAGAGAGAGAGAGAGUGUUUGUACGUGUUGGCAAACAGCAAUUGUGGACUUCUAAAGACAGAUCUGUCAGACUGUUUUCACUUUACACAAAAGGACAGAAGGGCACCCUCUGAAAGACCGCAAGUGGGAAUGCCCUCCAGAGACAGACAGACACGAAAACACACAUAGACCUUCAUCACAGGAGCACCAGUUCUCUACAGCCCUUAGUAUGUGUGGGGAACCUGGACGGGCAUCAUGAUCUCGCACUACCCGCUAGCAUCGCUGCUCCCCUGGCCACCCAUCCCACACUGCCUGGACCUAGAUGGAGAGGGAGGGGUGUCCCUGCAGAGGUACCAGCCACGGUCACCGGAGAGCAGCCCUCGAUACUGGAGCUCUGUGCAGGACUGGGGAGAGGAGGUCGAGGAAGGAGCCAUAUACAACGUGACGCUAAAGAGGGUUCAAAUCCAGCAGGCGGCUAACAAAGGCGCAAGAUGGCUGGGGGCAGAGGGUGACCGCUUGCCCCCAGGUCACACGGUCAGUCAGUUGGAGACGUGUAAGAUCAGGAGUAUCCGGGCGGGGACACUUGAGCGCUUGGUAGAGACGCUCCUCACAGCGUUCGGUGAUAAUGACCUGACCUACACCAGCAUCUUCCUCUCCACAUACAGGGCCUUUGCCACCACACAGAAUGUACUGGAGUUGCUGCUGGACAGGUAUGGCAGUUUUGAGGAUUGUGAGGGGGAGCGUAACCAGUGUCAGACUGGAGAGAGCAGAGGCGCUGUGAGAACUGCUUUGGCCUCUAUUCUGAGAGCCUGGUUGGAUCAGUGUCCAGAGGACUUCCAGGAACCUCCAUCAUAUCCGAGUUUGCAUCGUGUGCUGGGUUUCCUGCAGAAGGCCAUGCCGGGCUCAGAGCCAAUGCGCCGGGCUCAGAGUCUGCUAGAACAAUUGCGUGUCCAGGCCAGUCUAGAGAAUGAGUCUGAAGGAGGCUUUCAGUACACCAACCCAUUCUGCCUUGGGGAAGAUGAGGAAGUGGAGAUCGAUUUGCAAGAGGACUUCUUCUCCUUCGAAGUUGACCUUGUAGCAGAGCAGCUGACCUAUAUGGAUGCGCUGCUAUUUAAGAGGGUGGUUCCUCAUCACUGUUUGGGCUCUAUCUGGUCUCAGCGUGAUAAAAAGGACGGCAAACAGAGCGCGCCCACCAUACGUGCCACCAUCACCCAAUUUAAUGCGGUAACAACGUGUGUGGUCAGCACCAUCCUUCGCCAGCGUCAGAUACGCCCACAUUUGCGUGCUCGCAUUAUCCAGCGCUGGAUUGACAUUGCACAGGAGUGUCGCAUUCGUAAGAACUUCUCGUCUCUAAGAGCCAUAGUGUCGGCGCUGCAGUCCAACCCCAUCUACAGACUGAAGAGAACGUGGGCCUCUGUUGCCAAAGACAGCAUGCAGAUGUUUGAAGAGCUUUCCGAUAUCUUCUCCGACCAGAAUAAUUACCUUACAAGCCGGGAACUGCUAAUGAGGGAGGGCACCUCAAAAUUUGCCAGUCUUGACAGCUGUGGCAAAGACCACCAGAAAAGAUCCCAAAAGAGACUGCAGUUGCAGAAAGAGAUGGGUGCCAUGCAGGGGACGAUCCCAUACCUGGGUACAUUUCUCACCGAUCUGACCAUGCUUGAUACAGCACUGCCUGACCAAGCGGAGGGAGGACUGAUUAAUUUCGAAAAGCGGCGCAGAGAGUUUGAAGUGAUCGCUCAGAUUAAGCUCCUGCAGUCUGCGUGCAACAGUUACUGUCUGACCCCUGACCCCACAUUUCUGCGCUGGUUUAAAAGUCAGCCUCAGCAUUCAGAAGAGGAGAGCUAUGCGCUGUCGUGUGAAGUCGAAAGAUUGGGAGACAACAGCCCAACGUCACCAAAACCCCGCAAGAGUAUGGUGAAGAGAUUGAGCCUACUCUUCUUAGGACCUGAUGCCACAAACACAAGCUCUCCUGUGAGAGAGAGUCCUCGGUCGCCUCCUACUGGCAGCUCAGGGGAGAGCAUGGACUCAGUCAGUGUGUCUUCCAGUGACUCUAGUCCCUCAGAGAGUGAAGGCAUGACACCCACGCACUCUAUAGACACUCAUCUUAAGAAGCUGUCCGAGUCUUCCUCUUGCACCUCAUUGCACUCCAUGGACACCUCCUCCUCUACAGCCAGUGCUUCUAUGGCCUCCCCAACCUUGCCCGGGCCCCCCUGCAACCAUCGGCGCUCCAUGUCACUGACGCCCAUGACCCCCACAUCACCCUCUUUUCCACCUGCCUAUAACACACAAGCUCAGGAUGCAUGCAUCAUCCGAGUAAGCCUCGAACAGGGAAACGGCAACCUCUACAAGAGUAUCAUGCUGACCAGUCAAGACAAAACUCCAGCGGUGAUCUCUCGAGCCAUGGCCAAACACAAUCUGGAGGGUGAGCAGGCUGCCGACUACGAGCUGGUGCAGGUCAUCUCUGAGGAGAGAGAGUUGGUCAUCCCUGACAAUGCCAACGUGUUUUACGCCAUGAGCACGUCUGCGAACUUUGACUUCCUGUUGCGUCUGCGUGGUUCUGAGGGGAGGCCGGUUCAGCUGCGCAGUCGCUGCAGCUCCACAUUACCACGCACGCAGCAACGCUCCAGUCUGUCCCUCAGGCUCAGCAAGGUCACGCUGUGACCUCAGACCUUUUUUUGAACCUGAGCGGGCAUCAUAAAAAGACUAUAGUGGGUGGAGUACUAGAAAAUGGGCUUUUAUAAACUAUUGCAAGGCAAGUUUGUUGACUUCAAAACAUGUCCGAACUGAUUUAGGCAUCUCAAGCUCUUCAAUUCUGCCUUUUGAAAUAAAAGGCUUGUCACAUAGUAGCAUGUGCCUCCAUCUUCCCGUCUGGCCCACAUGUAAAGAGACACAUCCCACCCUCCCUAUUGCUGGAUAUUUUGCACAUGUGCAGGAUAGUUUCCUGCUCCUCGUCAGUAUUUGCAUAAGAGCACAUCUCUUCCCAGCCUUGAGGCCUACACGACUUCCUCUGAGAGUGAGAGGGGAACGAAAGAAGCUGUGGGAAGAGAAAACAAAUGACAGCCAUGUUGCCUUUAUCUUAUCAACGGUAAUGAUGGAACUCUUGCGUCAGUAUUGAAGAUGAUCUGCAGUAGCUGUGAUGUCAUCUUUGUCAUCAACGUGUCCUCCCCCUGUCCCCUUGUGCACUGUGUGGACAAUGUGGACUGCAUCCCUAGACUUAAAGUGCUUAGACUGGCUCACUAAGAAUCCUGGCACAGCAAAGCAAUUGCAUUUACUUUCUAUCUUUAAGGCCAACCUUGAGAAAGAACAACCGUUUCCUCAAGAUAUCACAAUAUAUAGGUAUCUAUGAUGAAACCAGGUGUAUGAAGGCUGAAACCUCAUGACUUUCUCUGCCUAUUCUAAGCAUUUUAUCUCUAUUUCUGUGUUUCUCAUAUUGUGAGCUGUGUGACGAAUGCAAAAAUAUGCAUUCUGAUUGGUUCCUGCUUGGUUUUAUCAAGUCUGCGGUUUCCUUUCACGAAUGGAUCAAUAUUGUGUCUUUAAGGUGUGUUGACACCACACCAAUAGGAUGGGUUUCUGUUUGGAAACCUGGAUUGAGCUGCCUUCCUCACUGAUACAGUGGCACUUGCUAUGGAGUUGGUGGAGUCAAUGGGUGUGUGUACUGAAAAGAGCGCUUGGUCCACUUCUUAUAGCUUUCCUGUCUUCUGUCUUCAAGCAAUGCUAUAUUAAUGAUAUACGUUUCUGUUUCUUUUUUAUACGUAUGUUUUUGUAAGAGAUGAAUAAAUAUCCAUGAUAUCUAUGAAAAAAGGAUUUUGGAAGUUUUAAAAGAUUUGUUAACUAAAAGAGAAAAUGUAAAAAGCUGUGAAAAAUGAGUGUGAGAUUGUAAAGUGAGCAUUAAAACAAGUCAGACAUUUCCAUCAACCAGCACAAUAAUGUGCAAGAUUUUCCAGAGGAUCUGUGUACCCGGUGAAUACAAAAACAUGUCUUACACUAAAAUGAUUUUUUUUUUUACACUCAGGCAUUUUAACACCUAAUGGUUUCUAUAGUUUGGUUUCAAAAGACUUGCAGAAUUUUUUGCCUUAACUUUGUUCUUUCUAAUUCAACCUUUUAAUCUGGUAUGUAAUGCAUGUUAGUUGGCCCUGACUCCUGGUAAUAUGUCAACAGAUGUAUAGAAUGUGCCAUAUUUUGCCUUUUGUUCUCACAGUAAUUGAAAGACACUUAUUUUUGUUACAUUGAACACGUAAGACUUCGAUGACACUAACAGUUUAAACAAGGUAAAAAAAAAAAAAAGUAGUGUUUUAACAGUUGUGGGGCAGCAGUGUUUGUGUUUUGAUUAAUUUGUCUUGGUUCAAAUUUAUUUAGCACUUGUGUGUUUUCUCAAAUCUUUAUUUUGAAUAUUUCUUCACUACCAAAGAAUUGUCUAUCUACAGUGAGUCAGUGAAUAAAUUAUUAUCAUUAUGAUUUUUGUAAUUUGAAUAUUACUUUUCAUGAAUUAAAUGGAGACUCUCUAAAAAGUA